GUUGUCAUUUCCGUCUGAGUUCACCAAUGCUGAAUUUGGCUGCGAUGUUGGACAGAUUCUGUUUAAACGGACGCGGCGUUUAAACGUCAGCGAUUUGCACGAACGCCCCAGCAACGCGGAGUCCAGCACUAAACGUUGUGCUCACUCGGCUAUCGGACUCUCUCUUCUGCUAAUAGGUCGUGCAUGCCAUUAAUGUGGCAUGAUCACCUUGAAUGCAAGUAACUUAUUCUUGCCGACGUGCUAGCUCGCUCGCUGGCUAAAAUGGACGUUAACCUGCAGUUCUGGAGAAGUGAGGGCCAGUCUUUCCUGGGCAGACUUUACCAUUGGGUGAAUAUUCUUGAUCCAAGUGGUCUCCUUUCCUCAGACGAUGAAAUUGAAAAAGCCCGUUCCCAGCUUGGGAACACAGCAGAUCUGCACAGUAAAAACAAGGUCAUGGAUGCAUGGAAGCUGAGCCUAUCCUCUGUUCACCCUGAUACUGGUUCCACACUUCCAGUCAUAUUCCGUCCUCCAGCAUUCCUUCCAAUUGCAUCUCCUUUGGUCAUUGGCAGCUUUUUGCCACACAACGGUGUAAAACCUGCUCUCUUUUGGCAGUUUUUGUUGCACAGUUUUAGUGCUGGAUUCAACUAUGCCAACAGAAAUGCCACUUCCCGCAAGGACAACAAGGUGUCCCUGAAACAGUUGGUUUUAAUUGUUGGAUCAGUCACGUAUGCAACGUGUGUGGGGACUCUUCCUCAGUUUUUAAUGACACGUUAUGGGCUAACAAGCCCUUCUGUCCAGAGGUUUUUCAGAUCAGUGUUGCCCGUUCCACUUUCAGCUUGCCUCAGUGCCUUCAACGUACUCGUUGUGAGAGCUGAAGAGUAUGAAAAUGGGAUCCAAGUAUUUGAUUCUAAUGGGAAAGUGGUUGGAGUCUCACAGAAUGCUGGAAUGAAGGCUGUGAAUGAGACUGCUGUGUCCAGAGCUGUAAUGAUAGGUACCACUGCAGCUGUUCCAAAUCUGCUUGUUGGCUUCUUACAAAGGACAAGGUUUGGCCAGAGGAGCCCCCUGGUGGUGGCACCAUUUCGCCACAUCAUUACUGCCCUGGUUCUGGGCCUGAUGAUCCCUGUGUCCUUCAGUCUCUUCCCACAGCUGGGGACGAUUCAAAAAGAGAAAUUGGAAAAGGAACUCCAGGCAGCCACGUCAGAUGGACAGCUGUUCUACCACAGGGGGCUCUGAGAUUCCAUUCAGCAGGGCCUGCUGCUCCACUGACCAAGAGAGGAGAGGACAGUGGCAGGUGCUGGGGCAGAAAGUUUGCAUGGCUAGUGCUCUUAAUGAUCACUGUAUGUAGUCCACACAGGGGGUUCAUUUCAGCAGGGUCAUUUCUUAAUGGGAUAAUUUACAGAUUUAUAAAA